AUGGAAAACAAGAAAUUUGUAAGUUUACUGUGCUUUUGUCUUUUCAAUAUGAGUUUUGUAAUGUCAUCAAAAUGUGGCGGUUUUAUUGUUUUAGCAAUCGCCUUGUCAGUAGUAGUAAAGUAUAUAGAAGAAGGUACUAAAGAAGACGAAUAUUAGAAGUAUUUUACAGAUUACGUCUUAAAAAGACUUUAAAAUUUUUAAAAUUUUGCUAUAUUUAAUUUCAAAUUUUAAAUUGACGCAAUUUAAAUUACUUUACCGUUAUUGUACGUAUUAUUAAUUCUCAUCUUACACUGUUGAUCUCUUCUCAAAAUUUGAUAAAAGCAAAAGAUAGAAACCAUCAAUUACUCAGUAAUCAUUUUUCAAAGUAACACGUAAAAUGAUAAAAGUCAUCAGAUACGUAGUUUGGAAUGCCAUUCUCAACAAAACUUUUUCUACUAAUUUUAACAUUGUUCAAAUUUUUAAAACUAGUAAAAAUAGUAAAAAAAAUUAUUUUCUAAAGAUUUUUUAAAAAUAUAACGCGAACAUACGACGAUUACGCUUAUUCAGUUUGUGCAUAAUCAAGCGAGCUCUGCAGAAUACGUACGUAUGUUGUAGAUGUUUGUUUCGUCGUGCAGAAAUUAUGUAAAAACAUAUGACUUAUACUUUUAAAUAGAGUUUAUGCAAAAGGGGUCUUAUAGGUAUCGAAAAGGUGACUAAAAGCUGUUUAAUCCUAUAACAACUCGUAAAACAAUCAUUUUUAACAAAAAAAGGCAAUCAUUAUUUAAAAAAAUAGUGAAUUUAAAAUCUAAAAAGUACUUUUAAAAAAUAUUUCAACAUUUGGAUCUGCUAGGGUUAGUGCUAUUAAUAUUAUAGUAGUAUGCACUACAGUAGCUCCCUAUUCUAGUAAAAAUAUUAUGCAUGCUUCCUUAUAAUAGCAACAUGAUGUGUUCUUUAAUUUACUAUGCACCCCUUUCUAUAAGCACCAUGCUACAUUGUCAUAGAAACUUGAAUCAAAGUAUAAGAGCAAAGUCCGAGAACGUGUCGUGCAAAACGUUCCGAAAUAAACAAAACACGGAUUAAAACGUUCAAGGAUUCAAACUACAGUCUUCUGGUGUUUCAAUAUCAAGAAACCUUUAAAAAGUCAUGGUAUCUAAGAUAACAUUCAAAAAUUUGUGGAAGCAUAAAAAGAUUUUGCAUAAUUUUACCGUGCUUUGUGUUAGAGCCAGUGUUUUGCUUUUUAAAAUUGAAUCGAAAAUAAGGUCACAAAAUGCUAAAACAAAAAGGCUAUUGUCAGUUCACUUACUAUUUCAGGCUAUCACAAGUUAUUUUUGUUUUCAAGGUUUCAAAAUACUUUUGUCUUUUGUAAAAGAUAAUCAUUGAUUGUCACCAAUAUAAAAUAUGAUGACUAAAAAUUAAUCAAAAUGUUAAAAUUGUAGCAAAAAAAACAAAAAACAGGUAUCUCUGUUGAGCGCCACAAAAGUCAUGUCACUUUUCGAAAGCAAAAUCAUAGAUAUUGACGACAAAACUUUUUUGAUACCAUUAUAUUGUUUUAUUUAGAUAAAAUCAAAGUUUUGUCAAAAGUAAAACAACUUUUUCAUUUUAAAACGUCAUUAGAUUUAUCGCCGAUAUAAAAAACAGACUUUCAACAUCUAAACUUAUAGCUUACACUUAAUGAAAUUGAAAGUGCAACACAUUAACCACAAUUUUAGUAUGAAUCUUCCUGUCAACAGUUUGUGAAAUUUUAUGAAGAAUAAUAUAAUGUAUUUUUGAAAUACUAAAAUAAAACUAAAACACCACUAAUUUAUUACAGUUAUAGCCAAAAAUUUAAAAAUUUGUUUUAUUUACUCUGAACACUUACAAACAAAAACAUUAAAAUUUUAUCACAAAAGCCACCUGAAACUAUUUGAACAAACUUUAACAACUUCCCUCCUCCCUCCGCAAAAGCCGGAAUGAUAACAGGAAUUUACUGUAAUCAUGACCCGAUUCAAUUAAUUUAUUUUUGUUCAGAGCCGCUCCCUACGCGGUCCAUCGCCGCCUCUUCACGGGCGAUGGAACCGGCUGUCGCUGUUCGUUCACUCUCGACUCUGGACCUCAGCUCGACGCCGCUAUUCCAAUAAAAGGAUGGGAGCACCGAUGUCGCGACAGUACGCCGACCCACCCCGAGUCAGGACCACCCAUGGCUGGGUGGAGGGCAAGUGGGUGGAGAUCAACGAGUACCACGCCGCCAAAGCCUUUUUGGGCAUUCCGUUCGCGAAGCCACCGGUUGGAGGGUUACGUUUUCAGGUAAUUUUUGAUAUUUUAAAAAUUUUUGUUGAAUUUUAACAAAAAAAAUUAAAAAUUUUUUUUUAUUUUUCCCUAAAACCUUUAAAAUUAGAAGCUUCUUAUAUUGUACAAGGCUUUUAAAAUAACAAUCCACCUGUAAACGAAGGUCUUUCAACCUUUUUUAAUAAUCUUUACAUUUUUCUUUGCUUUUUGCUCUCAAAAAAGUUGAAACAUCAACAAAACAAGUCACAACUACACUUUUUCCCACAGUAACACACUAUUCUCUCCAAAAAUGUAAUCUGUAGCAUUUUUCGCAGCAGGAAAUGUACGAACACAAUGUAUGUCAUGGUAUAAUCGUGUUCUUUGCUCAUUUACUUCUUUUUAUUUCUGUCGCAAAUUCACCAAAAAUGACAUUCGAAACAAUGGAAUUACGAAAUUCACCUCUAUUCUGGGUCGAAAUUUGUUUUAAAAAUUAAUUUAUAGGUUACGUAA